AUGAGAUCAGCUAUUAUUUGUUUAAUAAUUAGAGUUGUUUAUAAAUUAAUGAGCAAUCAAUAGCUUUAAAAGUUGAUAAACAACACUUUUAUAACUAAAAAGAGAGUUUCUGCUGGAUCUUUUGGUGUAGUAUAUUGUGGUUAAGACAUAAAUACCAGAGCUUUAGUAGCAAUAAAGAUUGAAAAAGGCAAUAAGGAAGACUCAAGUCUAGAAAGAGAGGUAAUUAAAAUAUCAUGAAACAUUAAGGCUGAAAUACUAAAAAGAUUGUAAAAGGUACCAUAAAUUCCAAAAUUAUAUUGGGCAGGAAAAGAAGGAGAUUCAAAUGUGCUUGUUAUAUAAUAUUUGGGAAGAGAUUUGACACAUUAUAUGAAAACAUUUCGUAAAUUUUCACUUCGCUGUGUACUCAACAUAGCUGAACAAAUGAUAAACAUCAUAGAAAAUAUUCACAAAAAGUAAGAAAUGUUAAAUCAAAAAUUUAGCAAAGUGUUGCAUCGUGAUAUUAAACCUGAAAAUGUUUUAGUAGGAAAAGAGGAAGAAGAGAAUCUACUCUUUAUAGUGGAUUUUGGAAUUAGCAAGUUUUAUAAGGAUGAAAAUGAUUCGCAUAUGUAAAAUAAAUCAGUAUAAUUAAGUUCAUAUCGAGAGAACUAACCAUUUAUUGGAACUACAAGAUAUGCCAGCAUUAAUGCUCAUAAAGGCACAUCUUUAAGUAGGAGAGAUGAUUUAGAAUCAUUAGGCUAUAUGCUCAUCUUUUUAUUAAAGGGUAAAAUGUACCUAUAUUAUAUUAUAAAGGUUAAUUACCCUGGUAAAAUUUACAAUUCACAGAUGAUGAAGAUAAAAUGCGUUAAGUUGGCUAAAUGAAGAUGAAAAUGGAAAUGAAUGAACUUUGUAAAGGAAUUCCCAUAGAAUUUGGAAGAUUUCUAGAAUACAUUAAAGGUUUACCAUUCAAAGCUGAACCCAAUUACAAACAUUGCCAAUAACUUUUUAAGAAAGUAUGCUAAGAACACAAUUUUACAUAAAAAGAUCUAGCCUUUGAUUGGGAAACUGGUCCUAAAUCUGAUAGGAAUGAUGAUAAAAGAAAACAAACUAUUGAAGGCCAUUUGCCUAGUAGUUAAAAUAGCAAUUUAGUAAAUAAUAAACCAUCUUUGUAUUUAUACAAAUUUAUUAUUUUUUAGAUUUAAAAAAUCAAAAGAUGAUAUCUCAUCAAAUAAUAUUGGAGGCUCUCUUCUCAACUACUCUCUUGAAUAAUUGGAGAUGAAUUCAUUACUCAAAACUCCAGAAUAAAGAAAAUCAAAUUUAACUCCUGAUAUUAAUAGAAGAAAGAAUAGAAUGUAAUCAGUGAGUAGUUACAAUGAUUCUCAUUCUGAAUUGGAAAACAAUGGAAGUGUGAUGUUAGGAAUUCAACCAAGUAUGAUAAGUAGAUUAAGCAAAUUAUCAUUUAAUUCAAAUUCUCGAGUACGUGAUAGUAAGUAGAAUCUUACAUUAACUCCAGAAUAGAAGAGACCACAUUUCUAAGAAAAAAAACUAACAAUUACUCCUAAUUCUUAUAUGGAGUAAAUUACUAGUUAAAAAAAGAAGUCUUUAAUUAAGAAUUCCAAUUCAUAGUAGUAACUAUCAUUCAAAAAGGAAGAAGUUGAGGAAACUAUUAGAGAUUUUUCUAAAAUGAAUGAAACAGAUGAGGGAAUCGAACCUAAAUAUAUGCUUCUUAAAUAAGCAUCAGUAAAUGCGUAUGUAAAUUUUAUAUAUGAUAAUGUAGACGCUUCAAAAAAUCAAUAAACGGGUCAGCCAAUGUUAUGUAUAAAUAAUUUUGA